CAGAGAAGAAACAGGUGGCGUUGCAUCAUGGAGGCGCUUGAGAACUUGACCAAGGCAGAGUUGGUCAAACAGGGAGCUGAGUCGCGGGUGUACAAGACAACCUUCUUUGAUCGUCCCGCCGUUCUGAAGCAGAGGUUCCCGAAGCGCUACCGACACCCGGUUCUGGAUGAGAAGCUGACGCAGCGACGCACCGUGCAGGAGGUUCGGGCGAUCCUCCGGUGCCGGAGAGCAGGUAUACUGGCACCCGUGGUCUACUUUGUGGACUACAGUUCACACAGCAUCUUCAUGGAAGAGGUCCUGGGCACCACCACUGUGAGAGAUCACAUUGCAUCCUUUCAGCACUCAGACUGUCAGGAUCUGGAGGUCCUGGCUCAGAAGAUGGGCAGCAUUCUUGCCAAAAUGCAUGAUGAGGAUGUCAUCCACGGCGACCUGACCACCUCUAACAUGCUUGUGAGGCACCGAGCGGAGGAGGGACCAGACUUGGACUUGAUCCUCAUCGACUUUGGCUUGAGUUACAUCUCCUCUCUGCCGGAGGACAAAGGGGUUGACUUGUAUGUGCUGGAGAAGGCUUUUCUCAGUACACAUCCCAACACGGAGAAGCUGUUUCAGAAGCUGCUGGAGAGCUACUCUGUGUCCUCCAAAAAGUCCUCAGCUGUGCUUAAGAAGCUGGAUGAGGUUCGUCUGAGAGGGAGAAAGAGGUCAAUGUUAGGAUAAAAAAUUCUCAAUAACCUCAUGUAUUUGCUUCAGACAGCUGCUUUUCUUUUUGUUUUGGAAUUAAAAUGGGAUCACUUUUAUUGCAGUUGUGUUUUGACCCACAGAUGUACGUUAUGCACAAAAAUGUCAGAACAAACAAGGAAAGAAAACAUGGCAUUAACAUAGCCAUAUAAAUAUUAAAAAAUAAAAGCAAAUGAGUUCAACUGAAGUCUUGGCUGAUGAGCGUCAUGGGUCCAACCAAGGCGUCAUAUAUUGGGGAAAGUGGACUUAUGCGUUCUAUAUUGACAGCAAAGGCAUCAAUUUUACAUCACAAUGUAAAAAUGACAAAAACGUGAAUUUCUCUGGGAAAAACACGCUGUAGACCUGCCUGCCUGCUGCAGCAACAGACCACGUACGAGCCAGGCAUGACGGCGGUCAUUUGUCAUUACUUCUGCCUCUAGGAAAAUGAAAACCGAAUUGCAAUUCACAACAUUUGCACAGACGGCGUCAGAUUUAUAUAAUAAACAAGGUGAAAUGCCCAAGUUUGACUGAACAUAAGGUUUGAUAAUGGGAGGCAAAACAUUUGACGGUUUCUGAUUCACACACAAAGAAGUACAGUUGGCGUCGACAAAUACUGCCCUACUUUGAUGAAUGAAAACACAAAAACACUGUCCUGUCAUAAAGGGAAUACAAAGACACUUGCAUAAUAUAUGCAUUUUAAUCAAACACAAUUGAAAUAUAUUAUAGAUUCCACAUACAUAUCAGAAAACAUUAGUGGUACAUGGUACCAAGAGUCUUUUCUGGUUCUUAUCCACACCGAAAGAAGGAUAAACAGAAAUGUAUCUUUUAAAAUGUUUUAAUUCUGUGAGCACUCUUCCAGUCCAGAGGUUUGAAUGUGUAAUUGAAAUAAAUUGUAAAAGCCAUGGCCAACAAUAAUAAAAGAAAAUGAUAU